UUAAUUUGCCAAUUAAGUGGACGCGCACAAAAUGACCCGAAAGGAGUAAACGGAGGAAGACAGGGCGCAAAAAUGGGAGAGAAAAGAGUCGGAUUCGAAGAAGAAGAGAAGAAAAAGAAAGAGAGCCGUGCGCGCACAUACAGGUCACAUAAGCCAAGGUGGAUGAAAGAGCAUCGGAUUGGGCAUCGAACAUGGUGUUGCCAUGGGCAGUCGUCUCCUGGACACUAGGCCGAGACGAAGACAGCUGAGGUUGCAAGUUGCCCCCGGCGCGAGAAGCUCCCUCACUAGCGCAUGGUCCUCCUAAAGGAGAGGCGGUAGGUGAGAUUCGGUCCUCAUGGGGGGAAUCCAGAUGGUGAUGAAUGGUGGACACGAUGGAGAGCUCCAGGAUGGGAGUGGGGGCGACGAGAAGAUGGUAGUAGUGGUGGGAGGGGAUGGUGUUGUUGGUGGUGGUGGUGGUGGUGGUAUUGGUAGAGGGUUGAGGUGGGAGAAGAGAAGGACGAAGGAAGAAAGGGUAGUAGUAGUAGAAGAGGAAGAAGGGUCAGAAUUAAUAGAAAAAGGCAAGGUGGGAAAACUAGACACACGCAGAGAGAAAGCGAGAGGAGGGGAAGUUGGAGCAGAGGGUAAUGGAGUGUGCGGUGGUGGUAAGUAAGUAGGUAGUAAGUAGACGUAGUAAUGGUGAAAGCAAUACUACGAAUGAAAGUGGGCAGGAUAAUAACAAUAUUGAGGACGACUGAUGGAGGGGGGUAGAUUGCAGAAAAUGGAGAAAUAUAAUCCACACCCACACACACUAUUUCGGGGACAUAUACCAAGAAGGUGGAAAAUAAUAAUAAAAGAGAAAACUAAGCACCGAAACAAAUAAUAGCCAACAGUGGGAUAGCCAGUCAGUCAAGUCAGCUACCAAGUAAGUACAGUAUGUAAGUACUAGGU